CGCUUUCAUGCCUCCAUGAACUGCUGCUACCGUGUCCUGCCGCUCUCUGUUCCACCCACUGCACACACUUGGUCCCGCCCCUCCUAUACACCUAUCAUCCCCCCACCUGUACCUCUCUCUCAUCAUUGCCGCUUCGUGGUCAUCAACUCCCCCGCCGUGAGCACGCUCGUAGCCAGCAGCCCCAACUGCAUGAGCGCCAGCAGCGGCCCGCCCCCAUUCAGCUGCUUCCGCUUGCUAGGCGACGCCAGAUAAGACCACCCGAAGCACACACGGCCCAGCAGGUACCCCACGCCGAACACGGCCGCCAUGACAGGGUGGCGGAGACCGCCCCACCCCAGCAGCACCAGCACAACGGGCAAAUUCUCGGUGUAGUUGCUGUGCAUGCGGAUGGCGCAGUUGAGUCGGAACCAGUCGACGUACGGCAGCUGGCUGCUGUACACGCCGCUGCCCAUGUCGGGGUAGCCCUCCGGGUCGAUGCCCUCGCCAAAUGCCAAGAAAUGCUCGCGCGCAAUGGCUACCCACGGAGGGCGAGAAGAGGGCGGCAGGUGCGAUGGUUGGAAGGGCUCAGAACUCGCCGCUGCUGAUGGCGCCUCGUCACCAUCGGCUGCCUCGUUGUAGGUCUGCUGCUGCUUGCUAAGUGCCUCGAGUCUGAGGAUGUGCCGCCGGAUCUGGGCCACGUACAGACCUUGGAGCGUGCUGCACACAACACAGCAACAGCCACAUUCCGCAGACGGAGUUGCUGCAUGCUUCAUUCUUCUCACCAGUGUGUGACGAGGGCGCUGCCCGUCACGAUGACCCAUCCGUAAGCGCGCGGGUUGCUGCACAGAGGUGCAGACGAAGUCAUCGACAG